AUGGCCGAGACUAUGUCAAUGCCUGCUCCUUUCCCACCAUCGUCAAAGCAAGCCCUCCCUUCCUCCGGCGUAUGGGAAUGGACAAAGAGACGUAAAUGGGCUGACCUCUUAGUGAAUGAGCUCGCUGGCACGAUUAUCCUUGUUCUCUCGCCAAAUGCUGAAGUACUCUACUGCGGUGCAGCCGCUGUUGAGUUACUUGGUUGGAAGGAGGAAGAUGUCGUGGACACCUCUCUCAUCAGUUGGAUGCACGUGGGUGACCAGCCGGGCUUCAUGACACAUUUCAAGCACUGUGUUGAGUCUCAGUCGGAGCUGUCAACGUUUGCCCGCUUCAGUGGGAAAACCAAUGAUGGACGGUGGCAUCUGUUCGAGAUCAGAGGUCAUCCUUACUUCGACCAAGCCACCCCUGAGGAAUGCAAGUGCUUCUUCGCUAUGGCACGUCCGUACCCAAGUCGCAACACUGCCAUGCUCGACUCGUUCCUUGAGCUCAAGAUUGAGAACAUGCGUCUUCGUCAACGCCUGAUGGAGCUCCGUCCGUCGAACUAUCCUCCGCCACCGUACCUUAGCGCCCCCGCUAUCUCCAACGUUAGGGGCGGGGACGAGUCUGGCCCGAUGUAUCAACCCUCUGCACCGUACUUCCCAGCUGCUGGCGGCAGGUCUACAUUCGGCGCGGAAGAGUACGCGUACGAGCGAGACCGUUUGCGUGAACGGGAACGUGAGCGCGAACGCGAACGCGAACUUCAACGCGAGAGGGAAAGAGAACGCGAGUUUCGCGAGCGGGAGCGCGAACGUGAACGCGAGUUGGGUCACUCUCAGUCUCAAACCCGUGUGAGACAGCGGGAGGAAAGUAGCGAUGACAGGGAGGAACCUGCCAGGAAAAAGAAGGUUCGCAAAGCCCCUGCUGGCGCACAACAGUAUGUCUGUGUUACAUGCGGGAGGACUGAUUCUCCUGAGUGGAGGAAAGGCCCGUUAGGCGCCAAGACCCUUUGCAAUGCUUGUGGAUUGCGCUGGGCGAAGCGCAAUCAGAAGCGCAAGAACGACAGCAACAGUGCGGCUACCGCCAAUACCUCUCAAGACGUUAGCGCUAGCAGUGCAGGCGGUGCUACCUCCACUGGGGAUCGCAACACGUCACCCGUUGAUACCGCUGAUGGCGAUGCUAGCCAGGCUUGA